UUUAGAACUUCUCUCUCCCAUCUAUCUCUCUCUACUCGUUUUCUCAUUCAUCUCUCUCACUCUCUCUCUUUGAGAAAUGGAUCUUUAUGGCAAGCAAUAUGCUUACGCAAAGAUGGAAAUGGAGGAUCCAGAAGAGAUUAAGAGCAGAAAAGCACAAUUCUUGAUCUAUAAAUCAUUGGAGAAAGCUGAUGAUUCGAUCCGAAAAAGCAGAAGACCAUCUUGGUUGAAAGUUCGAAUGUUCAGAUUGAAGAUCAAGUUUGGAAAGAAGAUGAAGAAGUUGAAGAAAAGCAUAUUGGUAGUAAGCAGAUUUGGAGCUGCAAGAGUUGGCAUUCUUCAACAAUGGAAACGCAUGUUUUCUGUUCGACAAGCAGUUCUCAAGAUCCCCACCAUCAUUCAAUAACCACUUUUGCUUUUUAUAUAUGCUUCUUCCAAAUUUUGGCUUCUUUUUCUUCUUCUUCUUCUUCUUCUUUAUGUUUAUUCAAAUUUCAGAUUCACUCCUUUACUUAAAUUCCUAUAUAUAUGUUCUCCUGUAAAAUUUCGACUUGAGGAUGUUCAUCUAAGAGAAAUGAUAGAACGCUCAACUUGGUAAAACUUUUGGCGAUAGUCUCUAUGCAUUAUUGUUGGGUUAUGGUUAUUAUUAGAAGAAAUUAUGUUUGAUUGUAUUACAUUUAUUGUUGUAUAUUCUAUCCCUUUAUUAUAGGGAUCUAAUUGUAAUCUCCCAUAUAUAUGCCUGAUACAGUGAAUGAGAAGGAUACCAAAGAUUAGUUAUAAAUA